UGUUUUUAUUAUCUCCACGACAGUGAAAAGUGCCUGGACAGAAAAUUAGAGGAAAAUGCAAGUUACUUUUCUCACAUAUAUUAGUACCAGUCACGGUUGCUUCAUUUGCGACUGGUUCCUCUGUCCGACUGUCCCAUUUGAUCCAAUCAUUUGGCAGCUUCAACUCUGUACAAUGUUUUACUUCAUAAUUUCUUGUGUUUCCUUCAUCCUCCUUUCCAAGUCAUUCACUCACAAACCACAAUGUCCAUGGAAGGAAGAGAUGAAGCUGUUGUUAUCAUCAAGUUUUCUUGUGUCCUGGAUCAAGGAAACAAGGCUUAAUGCUACUAGUCUCCUUCACGUACCUGUACUAUUCAUGCCAUUUAAGAAGAUGGGUCUUAGCUCAAAGGUAGAGAAUGUAGAGGAGGAAGAGGACAUUUCUCUUUUGGAUUUGCCUGACUUGGCCUUGGAAUGCAUUCUUGACCGGCUUUUGCCUUCUGGGUUAUGCAGUAUGGCGGCAGUUUGUACCUCUUUGAGGGAUAGGUGCAGAAGUGAUCAUUUCUGGGACAAGCACAUGAAACACAAAUGGGGUAGACUGAUUGAUGAUGCUGCUUAUCGAGAAUGGCAAAGGCAUGUAUCCUCAAGAAAAAGACUAAUCUUCUUGGAUCAAAGCAAGAAAAAAGGGUUUUUUGAGUCGACCGGCCUUCAAGGGGUUUGGACUUUUCCAUGGUUUAGAUCCAAGUUAGAAAGCAGCAGCAGGUCAAGGAGUUCUUUACCGGUUGAUUCGAUCAUGGCUUGGUAUCUCUCCCUUGAAAGUGGCAAGAUUUGGUUUCCGGCUCAGGUCUAUAAUCGUGAGAAUGGUAAUGUUGGCUUUAUGCUGUCAUGUUAUGAUGCCCUACUCAGAUAUGAUUCGCAAACCGACACCUUUCAGGCAAGAUACUCACCUCAUGGGCGGCGCACACAAGAGGAAAAUAUAGAAUGGGAUAGACUAAGAGCACCACCGGUUGAUACUCCUCCACAUGAUCUUCAUGUCUCCGAUUGUUUGAAUGAGUUGAAGCCCGGAGAUCAUAUUGAAAUUCAGUGGAGAAGAAAAAAAGAAUUCCCUCAUGGUUGGUGGUAUGCUGUCAUUAGUCAUUUGGAACAGUGCGACCGCAAUGAGAAUCACUGCUGCUGUCAUCAUAGUGACAUGGUGAUAUUGGAGUUCAACCAGUAUACUCCUGGCUCGAGAUGGAGACGAAUGGUGAUAAACAGGAAGGAACACCAGGAAGAAGGCAAUGGAGUAGAUGGCUUCUAUGGCGGAAUUAGGAAGCUUAACAAGGAGGAGAUUGCAAGGUGGAAGCGCCUUUGGCCAACUCAAAUCUUGGAAUAGAAUCAAGAGGACUUUCCACCCAUAUUUUCAUGACUACAUUGUACAUCAGCUCCUCCUUGCUUUUUCUCUAGAGCUGUGAAUGAAAAGAGCUCAUUGCCAUAGAAUUAGUAUUCAAAGGGGAUGAUUCAUGAAGAUUAGGCUCCAUUAUUUUGGUUCUGCAAAUACAGCGUACCGUGAUAUCAUAAUUUCAAACAAAUUUUGCCAAUAUCCACUCCAGGAAAUUCAUAACAUAUCAGAGGAUGAAAUAUCACUCAAAUUACUCAUAACUUAUGUUUAUAUGUAACUGAAGUGCAUCUACUGGAAAGAGUUGAGAAUUUCGGUGA